AUGGGGGAUGUUAAUUACCUGAAUAUAGCCUGGGAUAGUGGUAUUGUAAAGGGCAAAGAGAGGCAAGCGUUCCUAACAAGAAAGUAUGCACUGCUAGACCUGCUUCUUGGAAAUGAGGUGGGCCAAGUAGAUCAAGUUUCCACAGCUGAACAUUUAGGAGACAAUGAUUAUUACAUCAUAAGGUUUAAGAUGAUGGUAAAAAAGGGCAAAAAAAUGGGUCCCCCUGGUCCACAAGGCCCCCAGGGCCCUCCAGGUCCACCAGGACCCCAAGGCCCUCCAGGAAUCCCAGGAAUCCCCGGCAUACCAGGAACAGCAGUGUUGGCAGCGCCUGGGCCACCUGGGCCACCUGGCCAGCCAGGCCCUCCAGGGUCCCCAGGACCACCAGGUACUUCAGACAAAACUGCAGCCAGUCAGCCACCAAUGGCAAUAGUUCACCUCCAAGGUCAUGACUCAGUCAUUCAAGUAAAACAAGGUGGUGUUCUGGCUGACUGGGUCCGAUCUUCACUGAGCCAUAAAGUCUUCCGGUUGCACAGCCGAAGUGGACAGCUGGAGGUCCUCGUGGAUGGCACCUACUUCAUCUAUAGUCAGGUAGAAGUUUACUAUAUUAACUUCACUGACUUCGCAAGUCACGAGGUGCUCGUGGACGAAAGGCCUUUCUUGCAGUGCACACGCAGCAUUGAGAACCGCAAGUCAAAAUUCAACACUUGCUACACUGCAGGUGUCUGCUUACUCAAGGCGAGGCAGAAGAUCGCAGUCAAGAUGACGUACGAAGAUACUGUUGUAAACAUGAGCAAACACACAACUUUCUUUGGAGCAGUGAGACUAGGCGAGUCUCCAUAGAAUUCGGCUCUGUGGGACUGCACAUACAUUGGGGGAAAAAAACUGACAAGAAGGUACCCUGAAAGAGAUGGUCCAAGAAUGAAAUUGAAGUGCAGCUUUUGGGUGGAGGGGUUAAGAGGUAAAAGUUCCGGGAUUUCGGAGAGAAAUUUCUUUCAUUUAUCCAAAUCGAGUAGAUUCCCU